AUGGUCAACAUCCCAAAGAAUCACAAGGCCGUAGCCACGCCCGCCAAGCGCGCGCCCCUCAUCCUCGUCGACCGCGAGACCAGGCUGCCCGGCGAGGGCGAGGUCCUCAUCCAAAACCAGUGGACCGCCUCUAGCCCGCUGGAUCUCCACCGCGCCGACGGCGGCCUCCUCUGCAACUACCCGGAGGUCAUGGGUGGCGGCGCGGCGGGCGCCGUUGUCGCCGUCGGGCCGGGUGUGGAGCGCCUCCGUGUCGGCGACCGGGUCCUCACCUUUGCGUUCCGCGACUUCGACGAGCGCGCCCACCAGGACUUCGCCACCGUGCCUGAGUACCUGGUCUCCAAGCUGCCGUCCAACGUCACGCCACAGGAGGCCGUGACGGUGCCGACGAACCUCAUCACCGUGUUCCACGCCGUGACGGCUGACCUGGGGCUGGAGCUGCCGUGGCCGAAGCCGGCGGGCUGGGAGCCCAAGGAGAAGGACGACGGGUUGCUGGUCUGGGGGGCGGCGAGCAGCGUGGGCUUGUACGCAUUGCAGGUGCUGCGGCAUUGGGGUUACCGGAACGUGCUGGCCGUGGCGAGCGAGAAGCACCACGCCUAUCUCAAGGAUCUCGGUGCCAAGGAAACGUUCAGUUAUCGCGAUGCCGACGUCGUGGACAAGGUGCUGGGUUUCGUCGGCGAGAAGGGCGUGCCGUUCGUGCUGGACUGCAUCGGUUCCGUCGAGGGCACGCUGAGGCCGUUGACGAAGAUUGCGCGUAGGGGGACAAAGGUCGCCAUCAUGCUCCCGGUCAUCAUCCGGGACGCGACUGAGGACGUCGAGCCCGAGUACGAGAUGGACGUGAGCCGGGUCCUCGUCGGCGAGUGGGCCGAGGGCGUCGAGCUGCGCGGGGUUAGGACGCAUAAUUACCUGGCGAACGAGUUCUUCAAGGAGAAGAUGCAGAGGGAGAUUGUGCCCACGCUCCUGGAGCAAGGCAUCAUCAAGCCGAACAAGCAAAAGAUCGUCGAGGGUGCCACGAUGCUGGAGAGGGCGCAGAAGGCGAUCGAGUUGUUACGGAAAAAGGAGCUCAGCGGCGAGCGUCUGGUGUGGAGGGUGUCGGAUCUCGAGCUGUAG